AUGACAACUUCAACCACGAAACGAACACAUGAUGAUUCCAGCGACAGUGCGGUGGUUUCUCCAGACCACACUGCCUUCAUCGACGAGGGAAAAAAUACCGUUCACAAACGACUACGGGCCACCAACGACCUGGUCGACUCGGAAUAUGCUCGGAUGGAGUCAUCGUCUCCGAUUCCUAUGAAAAAUCAAGAACAAGACGAAAAUGUCGGUUCCAUGGAAAGAUCCGAAAGACUCGUAUCCCAAGACGUCCACCAACACCUUCUUUCUUCACCAUUGCCAAAAAAUGAUGCUCCUGCCCGAUCAGAAUCUUCCUUGAUCGAGGCACGGAAGGCAGAUACCAAGAUGAUGAUGAUUUGGAAAGACGAAAAUGCCGUUCCGUGUCCGAUGGAAAAGCCUACCAGAGUUCCGUCCCAAGAUCUCUGCCAGUUCGCACCACCCGAACCAUCACACAAGCAGGGAAUCAAAACUUUGGAAGAAUUGCUGCUUGGGACCAACAAGUUCUUCAGUCAAGCCAAUUCAUGGCCCCAACGACUAUUAGAUUUGGAGACUAGAUUGGUGCAACAGCAAGAGGACUUUGUUGGUCGCCUUCAAGAAAAGGACAAGCUGAUCCAAGGUCUGAAUCACAAAGUUGCACAAGAGAAAGAAGACUUCGAAGCACUCCUAGAGAAAAAAGCUACUCGCAUCCGAGAAUUGAAUGAUAAAAUCGCCCAAGCCAAACAACGCAAGCAGAAUUUGUUGGAACCCACCAAUGCCCGGCAUGUUGCGUUGGGAAAUGCACGAAAUGACCUAGCUCAUACCAAGAACAAGCAAGAUCAAAUGAUCUCCAUUCUCCAGCACAAUGUCCAAGUUGCCGAAGACCGAUUGAAGACCCAAACCGAACUCGUUGGCAAAUUGCAAACCGAACUGAAGGAAAUACUGCGUGCCAAGAAUGAACUAGCCGAAUUGGUUCAUUACCAAAAGGAGUUGGCGGAAGAGCGUUUGGAUCUUGAACGUCAGGAAAGUCGAGCCAAGGAAGACACCCUUGACAAGGCCGAGAAUGCUCUUCAAGUGGAACUAGCCGAAGUGCGAAAGGAAAGUCGAGCCAAGGACGACGCCCAUAACAAGGCCAAGAAUACUCUACAAACGGAACUAGUCGAAUUGCGAAAGCAAUUGAACCGAUCCGAAGCGGAGAAUCAAGAACUACAAGAUCGUCUCGACGAGAAGGAACAAGAGUGUCAAGCUGCUGCUUCUCUUGAGAAGGAAGUGGAAGACUUGACAAAGACUCGCAGACAGCAGGAGCAAAUGAUUGCCAUCCUCCACCACAACGUCCAGUUGGCCGAGGAACGCUUGGGGACUGAAAGGGAACAACAUCUUGCCACGACGAAGCAAAUCACUGAAUUGAAAAAACAGUCGGCCGACGAGUUGCAAUAUCGCCUACACGAGAAGGAGCAAUCCGCCGUGGAGUCGGAGCAAUUGUCCAAGUUGGGUCAAGAAAAUGAAGGUCUAUUGAGAUAUUGCACGGAUCUCACGCGAAGCGUGACCAGCUUGAAAGAAGUCAUGGAAUCAUUGGAAGACGAAAACCAUGAUUUGCGGAAGGAGCUAAUAGACUCCAAACAAAGCGUGAGCAGCUUGAAAGAAGUCAUGGAUACACUAGAAGACGAAAACCAUGACAUGCGGGAGGAUCUCCAGGACGCCAAGCAAAGCGUGAAAAGCUUGAAAGAAGUCAUGGCUACACUGGAAGACGAGAAUCAUGACCUGCAGAAGGAACUACAUAAUGCCAAACAAGAUGUUGAUGGCCUGCAGCAAUAUGUCCUAGCAAACGACGGUCUUCUCGCCGAUGUCACCAAAGAGAAGGAAGAACUCCAAGCGAAACUGGAAGCUAGUAAUACUGGUGAGAACUUGCGACAGCAGCUUCUAACAUCAGGAAAACAGGUUGAAUGCCUCAUGCGAUUCAUUCGCGAAAAGGACUACUUGAUUGAAAAGGUCAAAUCUCAAUUCGAAACGGAGCUUCACCAGCUACAAUGCGAAAAUACGAAUCUUAAGAACAAGGGGGCCAAAUUGUACAACUCCCUGAUGACCGUCCAAUCGAGCGACGAGGAGCGUACGAAAAGACCCCACCAAUUGGGAGGUAGUACUCUGCUGAGUCUUCAGGCGACGGACCAGGGGCUCCGGGAAAGGAUCACUGAAGCGGAACGACAAAUAAAACUCGUGUUGCAGGAACGAGAAGCUAUGCAGCGCGAGAUCCAGUUGCUGCAGGCAAGAGACACUUUGCAGCGCAAGAUCGAUUACGAGCUCUGGCUGAAAGUAUAUUCAAGACAAGGUGGAGAAGAAACUCCAACGAGCGCACAGCAGUAG